UAGGAAAUCAAGCACUCAGUCCCUGUCCCCACAUCAGUUGUCAUGACCACCAUGACUCCUUUCAGCAUCUCUGCCAAUGCCAAUACUGGAGCUGCUGCCUUCACUCCUGUCACUGUCAGCCAGCAUGGGGGGGCGCUGCCCCAGCAGUCCCUCUCUGAUGCAGCUGCUGCCUUCACUCCUGUCACUGCCAGCCAGCAUGGGGGGGCGCUGCCCCAGCAGUCCCUCUCUGAUGCAGCUGUUGCCUUCACUCCUGGCACUGUCACUGCCAGCCAGCAUGGGGGGGUGCUGGCCCAGCAGUCCUUCUCUGAUGGAGCUGCUGCCUUCACUCCUGGCACUGUCACUGCCAGCCAGCAUGGGGGGGCGCUGCCCCAGCAGUCCCUCUCUGAUGGAGCUGCUGCCUUCACUCCUGGCACUGUCACUGCCAGCCAGCAUGGGGGGGCACUGCCCCAGCAGUCCCUCUCUGAUGGAGCUCUGAUGGUGGGAAGCAAACCCCUGUCUCGUGUGGCCAGCGGGGCAGAGCGUUACCCAGAGACAGUGGAGGCCCUGAGGGACGUGGGCAGGCUCCGGGAGAGACACAACACCCUGGAGACCAGAGUAGAGCUGCUGGAAGCAGGCAAGGCUGACCAGGCCCAGCUCCAGCACCUCCGGGAGCACCUCCCUGACAUGGGGGACAGGGAUGUGCCUGACAAUCUGUUGGAUCAACUGACUCAUCUGAGAGUUCUGGUCGACAGCCUGAUGGGUGACAGAGCCAAGAGCUCGGAGCUGAUGAAUGACGUUCAGGGAGCCAUCAUGCAGCUGCAGGCUGAGUGUGAGAAGCUCCACGGCACAGCCAACCACCUGAUUGAGGAGCACGGCCAGAAACAGGUCCACAUCGACCAUCUGUACAAGUCCAUGGAAGAACUGGACGAGAAGAAAGCUGACAAAGAGCUUGUGGAGAUGGAGAUUGAAAUCAAAGCAGACAAGCGUGCCCUGGAGACCAAGGUGAGCCGCAUGCAGUUUGACUCCAUGACAGAGGAGCUCAACACCAUGUUCCAGGAGCUGCUCAGCAAGAUCACCGGCCAGGAGCAGGACUGGCACAAAAUCAUCGACAAAAUCUCCACCGAGAUGGAGUGCAAGCUGGACCGAAUUGAGCUGGAUCCUGUGAAGAAGCAGCUGGAGGACCGCUGGAAGAGCAUCCGUAAGCAGCUGCAGGCCCAGCCUGCCCCGAAGGAGGACGACGCUGCAGGCAUCAGGAAACAACUAGUGGCAAGGUUCCACUGCAUCUCCUGCGACCGCCCAGUCGAUAUGCUUACCCCAGGACCGCACUUGGUCACCUUGCCCUCCACUCCUGGCCUACCCUCCCACAAGUCCAACCGACCGUACACCAUCUAUGAGCUUGAGCAGGUUCGCCAGCACUGCAGAAGCGAGCGCAUCCCUGAGAUGGCGGACUACAGUUACCUGGCCAUGUCCCGGAGCUGUGGAGGCAGCCACACCGUGACCUACCCCAACCGCCGCUACACCCGCCUGCAGCACUUCAGCCACUUCAUCCAGGCUGAGGAGGAGACACCGCCCAUCUCCAGCUCCCCACUGCGCAUUCAGCCGGAGGAGGUGGACAUCCUGGGAUUGGACGGACAUAUCUACAAGGGCCGCCUGAAAACCAGAUCGAUCAAGACUGUGGAUGCCAGACUACCCACCAUCUAUCCUAAAGACGGCAUGUGCAAGAGCAAAGACAAGAUCAUGCGCUCUCAGUUCCAGAAGCCUGGCUGCACAGAGCCGGGCUGUGUGACCCCUGUGCGACCCCAGAGUGCCAAAACCCAGCGCAGCCGCUCAGCCUCAGGCAGCUCUGUGCGGGACCGGCCCAUGUCUUCUUUAGGCUGCCUGUCCCAGGCUACCCUUCCCCAGAGCUCGUCCCAUGCUGACACCACCAGCGAGCUGCUGCAGCAAGAUCUGGAGCUUCACGUGGACCUGAGCCAGUCGGAGGAAGAGCCCGUCAUCAUCCUGUAGGGGGCGAUGGAGAGCCCCACACACCUUAUUUUAAUAAACUGUUUACAGCAGCAGCAGGAGGGUAUCCUGGUCUCCAUUUUGUAAUGGAGCAUACAGACAUUGUGAAAAUCAAGUCUGAUAUUAGUCAGUUAGGUUAUUUAUGGAUGGUAAUGGAAUAACACAAUUCUAGGACCUAUGAACACUGUUUCAAUGCAACAAAAUAGCUGAGUCACAAAAUAGCUGAGUCACAUUUCCAAGGUGUAGCUUUACAGGUCAAAUACCUUACGUGUGGCUACAUUACGAUUUUGGUUUAUGAUGCCUGAUUUUCAAUGACCUUCAUAGAGAAGCUUUCAGGCAGGUGACCUCAAAUACCAGACUGAAUACCACCAUGGAGCAAAUCAUUUGACAUAUAGGGUCUUAUAGAGCGGUAUCAUUAAGGGCUUGAAAUGUCUUCCCUCUCACAGACCCAGUUUCUGUAAUGUCUGAUUCAUUGUAUUAGUGUCUCAAGUUGUUCCAUCACAUGUUAAGAGGAAAGGCAUUCAUGCAUUCAUGGACUCAUAACAAUGGUAGCCAGCCACCUGCAUCUAUUGGGGAAGCAAAGCAGCCAGGGUUGUAAAAUCGGCCCAGAUGGCGUUCCCUUCGAAUGCCACCGUGCCUGUGUCCAGUUACAGCAGUCUCCUGGUGUCUGUGUGUUUUAAACAAGGGGGUUCGCUAUGUGUGCCUCACUCUGGCAUAGUGUAUCAUUUUUAACCAUGGCACAGCAUUGGGUAUCAUAGCAUACUUUUAGCGUAGCGCCAUGUCAGCACUCAACUGCAGUUGUCCGUGGGCCGGGGCGUGGCACGGGGAGGGGAGGGGGGGACACAGUUCAAAAAGCCUGUGUGAAUGUAGGACAGGAUAUGAAUUAAUAAACUUGAAAGGACAAACUGUACUGUCAUUGAGGAACGGGGUGACUGUUUCCUAGAAGCAGGGGCUUUGCUUACACACAUUUUGUGUCAAUGUGAAAUAUGAUGUAUAUUUAUCUAUCCAUGCCUUACACACCCAGUGGCCAGUUUAUUAGGUACACCCAUCUAGUACCGGGUCGGACCUCCCUUUGCCUCUAGAACAGCCUGAAUUCUUCAGGGCAUGGAGACAUUGCUCAAUUGGUAUCAAGGGAUCGAACUUUGCCAGGAACACAUUUCCCACACCAUUACACCACUGCCACCAGCCUGUACCGUUGACAGCAGGCAGGAUGUGGCCAUGGGACUCAUGUGGUUACGCCAAAUCCUGACUCUGUCAUCAGCAUGAUGCAACAGGAACCGGGAUUCGUCGAACCAGGCAAUGUUUUUCCACUCAUCAAUAGUCCAGUGUUGGUGAUCGCGUGACAACUGGAGCUGCUUGUUUUAAGCUGAUAGAAGUAGAACCUGGUGUGGUCGGCUGAUGCAAUAGCCCAUCCGUGACAAGGAUCAAUGAAUUGUGCAUUCAGUCGCUUAGGUCACUCGUUUUUCCCAUUCUAAUGUUCAUUCGGACAGUAACUGAAUUCCUGGAUGCCUGUCUACCUGCUUUCUAUAGCAAGCCACGGCCUCCUGACUCGUGAACGAGGUGGUGUACCUAAUAAACUGAGUAUAAGUGAUCCCUUUCAUAGCAUUUGGACGUAUUCAGGAGUAAUGAUGCUACUGAAAGGUAUUUCAGGAGAGUAUUUAAGACAGGCAGUUAAUCUGAAUGUAAGAUUUCCAUUGGUAGAUGUAUCUUUGUUUUCAAAGAUAAAUGGGCCUUCAUGAAAUAUGUGAUGUAUGUGUCAUAUGAUGUCCAUAUAACUGUUAAGUAAACAUAUGUUGACUCAU